AUGGACCGCGACUUCGACAAUGCCGCCAACUGGACCGGCCGCCAGGUCGGCGGCGCCGAGGGCGACGUGCGCCGCUUCGACAACGACGUGCGCGACGAGUACCGCGACACGCGCCAGGACUUCCGGGACGCGCGCGAGGACGCGGACGCCUUCGGGCGGGAGACGCGCCAGGGCUUUGACCAGUUCGGGCGGGAGACGCGCCAGGACGUUGACCAGUUCGGGCGGGAGACGCGUCAGGACUUUGACCAGUUCGGCCGCGACGCGCGCCAGGAUGUGGACAACUUUGGGCGCGAGGCCGUCCGGGGCGUCGAGGACGCGCCGUACAACGCCGCGCGCUGGGCGGGCGACGAGGUGCGUUCCGCUCGCGGCCUGUCGGGCCUGGAUGUUGCAUGUUGGACGCUGAUGGGUGCGCGCGGGAAGGUCGGCUCGGCGGAGCGCGACGUGAAGGACGUCGGCGAGGGCGUCGUGGAUGCGAUCGGCGGUGCGAUCGGCUGGGCUGCGAGGAAGGUCGAAGGCGUCGAACGGUUCGGCGACGGCGUCGAGAACUCGUACGACCAGGGCAAGCAGGAGGAGAUCGCGCGUGUCCACUGGCAGGAGGCGUUCACAAGUCUCAAAGCAUUCACGCCGGAAGAGGCUGUCAGCCGCAUCUUGUCUAUCGUCGCCAAGACCAACCCCAAGGACAACGCGUCGUUCUGGUACUACGAGUGGAGGAAGAAGGACUAG